CACCAUUGUCUACGGGGGCGUCCCGUGAUGAAAACGUUACAAUAAUGUUCGUGUUUUUUACGUGGACCGCGGCCAAAAGAGGGUAAUGACACGUUGACACGUUUAAAGCACAGGAAACCCUGGCACAGGUCACAUGUUUCUGUCAUGUGUUGCUGUAUUGAAUUUAAAUUAGUUUUAACACAGUUGUGAAGGGGGAGUCUGUGGACGACAGGAAUUGUCACAAAACCGGUGUAUAUGUGAAAUAUAAUGUUUAUCGGAUUUUAGCUUCACCAAAAAAGCCUCAAAGACAGCCAUAUCUUCGUAGAACUGGGCUGCUAGAAACGCAAUGAAGUAUGGGACAACUGACAGACGUAUAGCAGCUAAUGAUGGAUCGCUAUGUUGAAGCGGGACUACGGGCUGUUGCAGAUGUCACCAUAUGUUUCCCUCGAGUCUGUUUCUCCGCUGUGUUCACCGCUUCCUGUGUGAAACUCCCUCCUACGUCGCUCUACAAGUAGGUUUGGACACGUAGCUGUUCUUGGGACUGACUGGACGAUAGUAGAGAGACUGUCUGCAGCCAUGUCCAGGUCUAGUCGGCGGUUCAAGAACGUGCAGCAGAGCAACGGCGGCGCCUCUUUCCCUGGCUGUGACCGGGUGCGGAUGCCCCGCGCCCGGAUACUGCUGCUCUGUCUCCUCGGGGUCCUGGUGCUGGCGGUAGUGCUGGGAGUCUACCUGUCCAACGAGACCGCUAGUAAACAUGUGAACCGCAUGCCAGCUGCAGAUCUGACCAAAGACAGGUUGUCCCACAAGCCCAGUAAGUUGUCUCCGGCUCAAAUCCGCCGUCUGAGCUCUCAGGUGGACAUUACUCGCUUGUGGGAAACUCACCUGCGUCCAAUCCUUAGAGAGAGGGUCCCAGGGACACAAGGCAGUCUGACUGUACAGCAGCACAUCACCUCCACCCUGUCUUCACUGUCUGCUGGCUGGUCCAUAGACCUGGACUCUUUCCAGUCUCCAACGCCUCGUGGCCAGGUCACCUUCACCAACAUUGUUGCCACUCUGGACCCCACCGCCUCGCGGAGGCUCCUCAUGGCCUGCCACUAUGACUCUAAAGUCCUGCCUCCAGACCCACAGGCCUCAGAAAGGGUGUUUCUGGGGGCCAGUGACUCUGCAGUCCCCUGUGCUAUGAUCCUGGAGCUCGCUACCUCUCUGGAUUCACAGCUCAAGUCAUUCAAACAGCAGAAACUUCCAGUCUCUCUUCAGCUUGUGUUUUUUGACGGCGAAGAGUCAUUUGAAGAAUGGACAGCCACAGAUUCGCUGUACGGCUCUCGUCACCUAGCAGAGCUCAUGGCUAACAUGCCUCACCCUGCAGCCCCCUCGCACGCCACCAUGCUCCAAGCUGUGGAUCUCUUUGUGUUGCUGGACCUGCUCGGUGGUCCUGAUCCACUGAUUGCAAAUCACUUCGAUAACACGGCACGCUGGUUUGACCGCCUGAUUGCUGCAGAGAAGAAACUCCAUCGACAAGGUCUGCUGAUGUCUCACCCCUCAGAGCAGACGUACUUCAGGAAGGAUGUUUACCUUGGACCUGUGCAAGAUGACCACAUCCCCUUCCUUCACAAAGGCGUCCCUGUGCUGCAUAUCAUCGCUACUCCCUUCCCUCAGUUCUGGCAUACACUGGACGACACAGAGGAGAACAUGCACCGUCCAACUGUGGAGAAUCUCACAAAGAUCAUGGCUGUAUUUCUGGCAGAGUACCUGGGUUUCUGAACACGAACCACAAGAUAUUGGUGGUGGAUGUCCAUUCAGAACCAAUGAGAAAUGAGCACGAGUGUAAGACUGGUGAGACAAGCUCAGCUGAGCUGGAAUAUCAGAUACCAAAGACUUAUCCCUGCCGGAUUGUUCAGCUGGAUGAGAUGGAUACUCUUGUCUAGAGGACACAUGAAGUUAAUAGUGUUAAACUUACUGUACAAGCUGAAGAGUGUUGUACAAAAGGAGCAGCUUAGAAAUGUGGGUCGAUUUUAAAUUAAUAUUUUUCUUUGGUCCUGUGGAGGUAAAAAAAAAAAAAAAAGCCUUAUCAGCCUUAUUAGUUAUUUACUCUGUUAA